CUCAUACAGAAAAAAAAACAAUGGACGAAGAUUCGCCUAAAAAUAACGCCAAUGAUGCCGAUGAAAGCAGUCCACGGAAGAAGACAAAAACAGAAGACCAGCAGCAGCCUUCGAUAUCGCCCGCGUCUGGGGCUUCAACUUCAUCCGGCAUAAUUGCGUCCACUUCCGCGGUACCGAUCGAAAACAAUCCCUCAGUAAGUGCAAAUGAACGGCCAAAUGAGUCCGUAGAUGAUCCACCACAGCAACCGGUUGACGUGGAAGAUGCUUUACUGCUGGAGGCUGCCAAUUCAGCAAGCCAACGAGCGCGGAGUGAUUCAGGAGAGCAAAGCGACGACGAAAGCGAAGAAGCCCGGGCGGACGAUGCGUUUAUACAGAAUCUUGAGCGAUCGGUCGAACGAUUGCGCCGUAAUGUGCGCCGUUUAACUAACCGGAAUGAUCGGGCACGUGACGGAGCGGACGAAAACGCACCGGAAAAUGAACCGGUUGUUGAAGAAGCUGCCGUCAUCGAUCCGAUUGAAUCCUUGCGGUCUAAUCGUAUACGGAAUCGGAUUGUGAAUGAUAUAGCGCAGCUGUUUGUUCCGAACGUGUUCCGUGGAUACGAGAGCAACGAGGACAGCAUAGACAGCAUCGAUGUGGCGCAGGUUGAUGAAGAGUUUCAGGUGGGAAUUGGUGAUGAGGAGGAAACAAAUAGAGAACUUGAAAUCGAUGCAGACGGGUCGGAGAGUGAUUCAUCUUCCAACACUUCUUCCUCAUCUACCCUAACGUCCACUUCGGAGAGUUCAUUUUCUUACGGCCACUCAAGCGAUUCCGCGUACGACUAUGUGCACUUACCGCCCCGUGAUGAUGCGGAGAUUCCCGACUGUCUGAAAAUUUCUUCUGUAAAAUGCCAAUGGAACGUAGUACGCGAAAUAUACCAGCGUCAGCAUGGUGUACGCUUCCACAAAACGCCCACCACGGUUGGUAAAUAUGAUCCGAGCCAAUUCCAAAAACGUGCCUACGGUUCGGUGAACUUGGUGAAACGGUUGGGAUUGCUGCACAAGCUGCAACAUCAUCGGGGUUGCGUUAAUUGCUUAAACUUUCACCCUUCCGGCAAACUGUUGGCCAGCGGUUCGGAUGAUCUGCGUAUCAUUCUGUGGAAUUGGGAAUCGAAGAAGCUGAUUAAGUCGCUUCGUAGCGGCCACAAAAGCAACGUCUUCCAAACCAAGUUUAUGGUCUGCGAAGAGUAUCGGGAUAGCGAGCUCGAGAUCAUCUCGACCGGGCGGGAUGGAGCUGUGCGUCACAUGAUCGUUGACCCGUCGGGUCAUCCCACCACGAAGCAGAUCUUUCGAUCGUCCAAACCGGUUCACAAGGUGGCGAUACCGGCUCGGAACGAUCGCGUAUUCCUGACGGCUGGUGAAGAUGAAACGGUACGGCUGUGCGAUUUGCGCCAGGCCAAGGUCCAGACGUUGGUGAAUGUCCACAAACGGUUGUACAGCAUCGCGACGCAUCCGUUCGAUUCGGAGUUUUGCGUUGCCGGAACCGGUAACGCGGUUCGCGUGUACGAUCUACGUCGUGCGCAACAUCCGAAGAAGGUAUUGGUCGUAGGAGAACCAGCGGAGCAAAGACUAAUGUCGAGCAUCACAUGUGCUGUUUACAACCAUGAUGGGACGGAGAUACUUGCCAGCUACAAUGACGGCGAUAUUCACCUUUUCAAACUGGAUCUACCAGACUUACAAAUGGGAAUAACCAUAAAGUUCCGGGGCCACAGCAACUUAAGAACGAUUAAGGGUGUAAAUUUCUUUGGACCUCAUUCGGAGUUCGUGGCGUCCGGCAGCGACUGUGGAUCUAUCUACUUGUGGGAAAAGAGCAGCCAAACCAUUGUCAACUGGUUGCGGUGCAGCUCGAGCGAGGUUGUGAAUUGCCUCGAACCGCACCCAGAGUUUCCGAUACUGGCCAGCUCCGGUGUGGACAAUGACAUCAAAAUUUGGGUACCUAAGGGGCUACAUGAUGAACAGACGGCAACACCAUUCAACUCGCAGGAUCUGAAGCGUUACGUGUUACGUAACCUUUGUCAACGGGACCGGUACGAUUAUGGGUUACCAUCGGGACACAUUGCGCAUUUGUUUCCGAACCUGUCGCAUGGAGGUCGUUCCUCCCUCCGCGAUUUUCCCGACGACGACGAUCGGGUUGGGUUGUCCCGGUUCGAUUGUAGUCCCUCAUAAAUAGCAUUUGUGUAAUGUAGAUUAAGAAACCAAGGUUGCGUUAACAACAGUGGUACAGCAGUGCUACGCACGCAACAUGUGAGAGAGCGAUAAAUUUUGUAUUGGGAAUUUGAUGACAUAUAGAUAGGCAGGGCGGCCGAAAAUUAUGUUUUACUUCGUUCGAUCUGCUACCGUAACUAAGCGAAUGUUAUGGUUCAGUUUCGGAAAUAUUAAAGCUAAA